AUGCUUGAGUCGUGCUCACGACAAGGUAGCACAAUGUUAAAUGGUGAAGGAGGAGCUCCAAGAACUCAGGAAUUCAUGAAAAAUAAAGAACUGACAGCUGUUCAACAAGCCAUGUCUGACGUGAAUCACAGUUACGAGGAUUUGGGAGUUGUAUUGAAGGAGAAGAUUUCAGAACUAGAAAGUAUGCUUUCAAAAAUGCAGAAUAUUCAGGAAGAAUCGACCUCGAUGAUGCAGUGGUUGCAAAAAAUGGACAAAACCGCAUCAGAUUGGGAAGCUGCUCCAACAGAUAGCGAAGCGGUUAAAGCCCAAGUUGAGCAACAUAAGCAUUUUGAAACGGAAUUAAAGCAGAGUGCAAAUAAAGUACAGGAACUAAAGGACAAAGUGACAGAGCUGUUGGAGAAGAACCCGGAUUCCCCUGAGGCACCCAAGUGGAGGCAAAUGUUGGAUAAAAUAGAUUCCAAAUGGAAAGAGCUCAAUCAAGUUACAUCUGAGAGACAACAGAAACUGGAGGAGUCUUCAAAUUACCUGACCCAGUUCCACACGGCAGAAGCUCAGUUAAAGCACUGGCUUGUAGAGAAGGAGCUAAUGGUCAGCGUGCUGGGGCCACUGUCAAUUGAUCCUAAUAUGCUGAACACACAAAAGCAACAGGUUCAGAUUCUCCUCAAAGAGUUUGACACCAGAAAGCCACAAUACGAGCAGUUGACCGUGGCUGGCGAAGGGAUUCUGAAGAGACCUGGUGAACAUCCACCCUCCCACGAAACUGUAAAAGAGCAACUGGCAGCUGUGGCACAAAAAUGGGACAGUCUGACUGGCCAGCUGAGGAACAGAUGUGACCGAAUUGACCAAGCUAUUGUGAAAAGCACACAGUAUCAAAGUCUACUCCGAAGUCUGUCUGAUAAGCUAAGUGCCCUGGAUAGCAAACUAAGCAGCAGCCUGGCUGUGAGUACACAGCCUGAUGCUGUGAAACAACAACUGGAAAUUGCUAGAGAAACAAAGGAGGAAAUAGAACAGGAAAUGAAGAAUAUAAAUGCAGCUCAAGCUCUCUCUGAAGAGCUGUCAACACUGGUUGGAGAAGAGUAUUUGAAAGCAGAACUUACGAGACAAUUAGAUGGCAUCUUAAAAUCGUUUAAGGAUAUUGAGCAAAAAUCAGAUAACCAUGUUCAGCAGCUUCAGUCGGCGUAUGCCGCUUCUCAUCAGUUCCAGCAAAUGUCCAAGGACUUUCAGGCCUGGCUAGGCAAAAAGAAAGAAGAGCUGGACCAGGCUCGUCCUGUAUCAGCCAAACUUGAUGUCUUGCAAUCCCUAAUUGAAGAACAGAAAGAUUUUAAGACGACCAUGACAGAUCAGAUUAGUUCGUAUGAAAGAAUUGUUGCAGAAGGAGAAAGUAUCCUGCAGAAGACGCAAGGAGCUGACAAGGCAGCAUUACAGUCCCAGAUUGCCACACUCAGAAGUAACUGGGAUGAAAUUAAUAAGCAGGUAAAAGAAAGGCAAGAUAAAUUAACAGAUUGUCUGGAGAAGGCCCUCAAAUACAAGCAGCAUGUUGAAAAUCUGCAGCCAUGGAUAGAGAAAUGCCAAAGCAACCUGUGUGAAUUGAAAGUUAGUAUCAACCCUGUUGAAAUAGAGGAUUCUAUUGUUCAGGUGAAAGCCUGGCAGAAGGACCUGGAUAAACACCAUGGGAUGGUGGAGCUAUUGAAUAAUACUGCUGAAAGUUUGCUCAGUGCCAGUCAAACAGAUAAAGAAGUCAUUCAGGAAGAAACUAAGGUGCUGAAUCAGAAAGUGAAUGUGGUCACAGAACAAUUACAUAAGAAGAGAGAGUGCUUGGAGAGUAUGGCACAAAGGCUGAAAGAGUUUCAGGAAUCAUCCAGGGAAACUGAAAAACAGCUUAAAAGUGCCAAAGAACAUCUGGAAGCUCACGACUCCCUUGGACCGCAGUCAUUCAGUAACAAACACCUGACGAUGAUGCAGGCCCAGCAGAAAGCCUUGCAGGCUUUAAAGCCUCAUGUUGAUUUGGCAAAAAAGCUUGCCCAAGACCUGGUGGUAGAAGCUUCUGAUUCAGCAGGUGUUUCUGACCUUUUGCUUCAAGCUGAAUCUUUGGAGCGAGAGUACACUGCAGUGAACCAGCAGGUUGAGGACAGGUGCUCGUUCUUAGAGACAAAACUUCAGGGAAUCGGCCAUUUCCAAAACAGCAUCCGAGAGAUGUUCUCUCAGUUUGCAGAGUUUGAUGAUGAACUUGAUAGCAUGGCUCCAGUGGGGAGAGAUCUCAGGGUGCUGCAAUCACAGAGAGAGGACAUCAAACAUUUCCUGAAAAAGCUGGAGGAUCUUAUAAUGAAUAAUGAAAAUGCUAAUAAAAACUGUAAAAUGAUGCUAGCCACAGAAGCAGAGGCUUCUCCUGAUCUUGUUGGCAUAAAGAGAGACUUGGAAGCUCUAAAUAAACAGUGCAACAAGCUACUAGACAGAGCAAAAGCCAGGGAAGAGCAAGUGGAGGGUACUAUUAGCCGCGUUGAGGAGUUUUACAGUAAGCUAAAAGAAUUUUCCAGUCUGCUUGGGAGAGCUGAAGAACAUGAAGAGUCACAAGGUCCUGUUGGAAUGGAAACAGAGACUAUUAAUCAGCAGCUGAGUACAUUCAAG